UGAAAUAUUAUAUUUAAGUUUGUAACUUUUGUUAAACAGCUAGUUAUGUAUUUCAUUUCCCCACAAUUUCCAGUGUAGUUGCUAUAAAGGUGGCAUACAGUGGCCCUUUUCCUCUUAUGUCAUGUUGUUUUACUCUGAAUAUAAACAGAGAUUUGCUUUCCAUUGACUUUUUCUGUCACUGAUCAAUUAGGAAGUGGUGCAAUGAUAAAGAUUUCUGAGAUUCUCUGCAUUUAAACAAUGUUCAACCUGGAACAGAAGAGAAGGACAUUUGAGCAUCCCAUCCUAAAAUGUUUUUUUUUUUUUUUUUUAACUCUUUUUAGCAUAAUUACAUUUUAAAAGCUGUUUAUGUGAAAUGUCUUAUAUUUUACUUUUUGAUUUCAGUCUCACCAUGUCUGACUUUGACGAACAUGGGUGAGUCAAUCCAGGACUAGCUACCUUAUUUCUCAUUUCAUUAUACAUGAACUUUUCUUUAGAUGUUGUUUUUUUUUUGAUUGUACGUCUGAUUUAUACCUUCAACUCUUGUGUUUUAUGUAGAGGCCACCAGGAGGAGGAGGAUGAGGAGCAGGGAGAGGGAGAAGAACGCCCCAAAUACAAGCCUUUGGUAACACAGCUCGCCGCCCCCAAAAUCCCUGAGGGGGAGCGGGUGGACUUUGAUGAUAUCCACAGGAAAAGGAUGGAGAAAGAUCUUCUGGAGCUGCAGACUCUAAUUGACGUCCAUUUUGAGCAGAGAAAGAAGGAGGAGGAGGAGCUCAUUGGACUCAAAGAGAGGAUUGAGAGCCGCCGGGCAGAAAGAGCUGAGCAGCAGCGUGUGAGGGCUGAAAAAGAGCGUGACAGACAGACGCGGAUUGCGGAGGAGAGACAGAGGAAAGAGGAUGAGGAGGCCAAGAAGAGGGCAGACGAUGAGGCCAAGAAGAAGAAAGUGCUCUCCAACAUGGGGGCUCACUUUGGAGGGUUCCUCGCCAAGGUAGAGCAGCGGCGAGGCAAAAGGCAAACUGCGAGGGAAAUCAAGAAGAAGACUCUGGCAGAGAGACGCAAGCCUCUGGCGAUUGAGAACCUGAGAGAGGACGGUCUGAGAGAGAGAGCCAAGGAGAUGUGGGAAAGUAUCUACCAGUUGGAGUCUGAGAAAUUUGACCUGACUGAGAAGAUGAGGAGGCAGAAGUAUGAGAUCAAUGUCCUCCUGAACAGAAUCCAGCAUGCUCAGAAAUUCAAAAAGGUCCACGGUAAGGGGAAGGUUGGAGGACGCUGGAAGUGAACAAGUACGGGACGCAAAGAGAAGACAGUUCACUAGUUUCAAAACAAGAUAUAAGUAAUUUUGCAGUGUUUAUCACUUACUCUACGAC